GAUUGACAUGUUGUUGUGAUCAGAAACCGGUUUGGCCCAGCAAAGAGCUGCUGGAGACAGUGCGGGAUGUGGCCCCGAAGAUGCCGGGUCCUACUAAGACCCCAAUGGGGAAGGGGCCGCAGCAGUCACUGUGAAUAUGCUGCUUAUCACCCAUCACCCAGCAGGGGGAGACUGUGAGCCUUCUUCCAUCAGGCACCAGAUUCCCCCUGAAGCAUAACCCAUGGCAGGGAUGGCAGUGGAGGACCUCGGCGCCUCCCGGUGUGGGAUCACCCCACUGCAACAAAUAAUAGCCUCAGGAACCGGUGCUCUUCUCACCUCACUCUUUGUGACUCCUCUAGACGUUGUGAAGAUCCGACUGCAGUCACAAAAGAAACCAUUCUCCAAAGUAAUGUCUGUAAAGUCUCUUCCCCGGGCACCCCCCUUGCGCCACCCCACAUGGCGCUGUUUCCUGUACUGUAAUGGUCUCAUGGAUCAUCUCUUUGUGUGUCAGCAUGCUACAGCGUGUAGUACCUGGUAUAGAACACCCAACCACUUCCACGGCACACUGGAUGCUUUUGUGAAGAUAUCGCGUCAUGAGGGUUUAACAUCACUAUGGAGUGGUCUUCCGCCAACAUUGGUGAUGGCUGUGCCUGCAACCAUAAUCUAUUUCACCUGUUAUGAUCAACUGAGGGAUUUUCUGUGUUACAACAUGGGAUACAGCGGCAGUCACAUCCCUCUCGUUGCUGGUGCGCUUUCCCGCUUGGGUGCAGUUACAGUCAUAAGUCCUCUAGAGUUGAUCCGUACAAAACUGCAGUCUCGACAGCUUUCAUACAUUGAGCUAGGAGCCUGUCUGCGUUCUGCUGUCUCUCAGGGGGGAUGGCUGUCACUGUGGAAGGGAUGGGGACCUACAGUUUUGAGGGACGUCCCAUUUUCAGGUCUUUAUUGGUUUAAUUAUGAGAUUGUGAAGAGGAAGCUCAGUGACACUUGGGGGUCAUCAGAGGCCCAGUUUCUCAUCAGCUUCACAUCAGGGGCUGUUUCAGGAGCUGUGGCAGCUAUUCUCACUUUGCCGUUUGAUGUUGUAAAAACUCACAGACAGAUUGAACUUGGAGAUUUGGAAAUAGGGUCAUCAAGACGUCAAAGGUCUUCCACUUGGAGGGCCAUGCGCACAAUCAAAGCAGAAUCAGGCGCCCGUGGACUUUUUGCAGGAUUCAUGCCACGAGUCAUCAAGGUUGCACCAGCCUGCGCCAUAAUGAUCAGCUCUUACGAAUUUGGGAAGACUUUUUUCCAAAGGAGGAACCAGGAAAAGGUUCAGACUCUUUAAAAUGCACGAAAAUUACAACCGACCAAAUUAUAGCUCUUAAAUUCUAUCAUCCAAGUCUGGAUUAAGAAGUACCGUGCAGUACAUGGUGGACCAUUUCCAGGCUGAUUUUGUGGACCACAGGCUACCUAGAAAGCACUAGUAGUUAUUCCUGUUAGUAAGCGCUUAAAACAGAGUAUGUGGAACCCAACAGCCUACAAUGGUCAAGUUAUAACCACUGGCUAUAUCUGACAACUAAUUCUAAUAAUACGAAUGCCCAGAGGUCCACCCAGAUCUUAGUCAAAGGGUAGAAAUUAAGUAGAAUUUUUGGUAUUCCCAUUGAACAGAAAGGCUUUGUUUAAUGGUUGGAGCUUCGUCAAAAAUAUUUUCAUGGGGACUUAUCACUAUGACCAAGUGUCCUGUGGCUAAUCUUCAGACGUUAAAAUAUGCAAACAUUUUUGAACUUGUUUCCAAAUGUUGUAUCUUAGCGAUAUGCCUCCAUUGUCUGAGAUGGGAAUACCCCUUUAAACGGCCUUUUAGUUCAACUUUUUGAAUAUUGCCCUUCCUGGCAAUGGGAAUAUCCUUUUUGAAACUGGCUUUAAGUUUUAUUAUCAAAUGAUCUUUUAAGUGUUUGUUGAGGUUCAGGUUAUAUUUCACAGCUACAUGCUAUCUAAGGUACUGGUCUUUUUGAAAAUGGGUCAUGCACAAAACCAAAGAUCAUACCUUAGACUCCAGGCCUUUAAUAUGUUUGCCUGAAUUUUGACCAUGGAGGAUCAAGUGUUGAGCCAUUAAUUUGGUCGCUGUAAAACAAUAGAUGCAGCAGCUGAAUAUUCUGGAGAGAGGUGGCUGAAAGCAGAGACCUUGGACUGUAUGUUUAGAAGGAGACUUGAAAUCAGAGACUGAAAUUGAAUAGCUCUAUGUAACACCCUUCCAAGACUUCACUCAUUCCCUGGUCACCACACCAUCAAAUUCCUGUCCCAUCAUGGAUGUCGCUGGAGCAACAUGUACGUUGAGAUGUCCUAUGAAGUGCCUAUACUCGUGUAGGAAGUUUUCCUCCACUACUGCUGCCCCAGCUUAAGAGUAGCAACACAAGAGAUGGACUUGCACAACUGCCUUCUCUUCUUUCCUGUCAUAGAUGGGCUUUCUAAUGUUUUUUUGUACUGUUCUGUUGCAGUCUUUAUAUAAUGGAUAAAAUUGUAUUGUUUUUCUAUGGGUAGCUAAAGUCGCAGUCUGUUUUGUGAUCAUUGGUGACCACAUAACUGCCACGUGGUGCACUCUUCCAAAUCCAGGAGUAUUUUUGGGUCAUCUUCUCGGUCAUUGGGUCAUGUCCCGAUAGUUUUACUUGAUAUCAAUGUACUUGUUUCCCACACAAGGAGAUUGCUGACCGCCCUCCAAGAUGGACAUUUAGGAUCUCCAUUGCAUCUUGGUGCACAUAGAAUAAAUGGCAAAUGAAAACCCAAUUUUGUGUAUCUGGAAAACGUUCUCUCUGGUUUUAUUAUAUUGGACUCUGCUGAUUGAUAUUUGGCCCAUAAUGAAUUCUGACUUACGACUUUGCAAAGGAAUUGGAGCUGGUAGCCUGGCACUCGCCCAGUGUGGGAGGGUACAUCAUCGUAAGUCUGGGUGUUGUGGGAAUGUAGAGAUUUAAAAAAAAAAAAAAAGAACCCCUUUAAGUCACGAUACAAUUGUGGAAUGACCCUUUAAUGUUUCCCUAUGGGAAGUAAAGUUGUAAUAACCACUGGAAAAAGUCAAAUCGAAUCAACCAAAUGCUGAUCUGUAGAGCUCUAAGAAUAGAUGCUUCAGUGUUCUUAUUCAGUACUUGCUAAACGACGACCGGUCCAGUUUAAUACAUAAAAUUAUUAGAAUGGAGGAGUCAUAUGUGUUUUCACCAGUGGUUCUCGAAACAAAACUGACUGCAACUUUACUAUGGGGAAAUCGAGCUCUUUCACUGCCACCAUUGCAGGCAUAUAUGGCAAAGGAAGGUUUCAACUGCUGAGCGGUUUACAUAGAUAUAUAUCUGACACGUCACUAUAGGGUAGUGCCUGUGGGAUGGCAAGGAAUGGGUUAAAGCAUCAGAGAUGACCAUGGGUUGGUAUCAGACAGCCCCUACACACCGCAUUAUAUUUGUGGUCGAUAAAGGUAGGAGUUGUAACUGAAUCGGCCAUUUUGUUGGCUCGACCAUCAUGUUACAAGGGCUCCUUCAGACAGCUGUGAUGUGACCACAGAUCUAAUGACCUGGACCAUCAGCGUCCCGAUCAUCAGACCUGAGGUCAGGCCGGGAUUUUUGAACACUAAAAUGGCGGCUACGUUGCUGCCGUCUGAAUGGGGCUUUUACCUCAGUGCAAUUACUAUAUCCUAAGCCAACAAGAUGGCCGCCCCCUGCUACCAAUUUAUCACCCAUGGACAGUUUAUUUUCUGUUGUAGGUUUUCUUUUCAUUGUAAGAAUUAGCUGAGGUAGAAUUUGCUCCUUCAAGAUGACAUUCUUAAUAUAUUCACCGAUUGGGGGAAGAAACCUUCCUUUACUCUGUUUAUUUCCUGAACUAGCCUUGCUCAGAAAGGAAAUAUGGAAGAGAACAUUAAAGGGGGUUGGGCAGCGGCUUAAUAUUGAUGACCUAUGCUCAGUAUAGGUUAUCCAUUGUUAAUGGGGUUGUGCAGCCAGUAAUCUUGAUGACCUGCACCGCUACCCCUUCAAAUAGAAGUUGGACCCCCACCGAUCAGAUAUUGAUGAAAUACUCUGAGGAUAGGCCAUCAGUGUUAACCCACUGCACAACCCCUUUAAAGGGGUAUUCCCAUCCCAGACAAUGGGAGCAUAUUGCUAGUAU